GGAAAUGAAGCCAGUUAUGCCCUGGACAUGUGCUCGCACUUUGAUGCUGAUGAGAUCAAGAGGCUAGGAAAGAGAUUUAAGAAACUGGACUUGGAUAACUCCGGGUCCCUGAGCGUGGAGGAGUUUAUGUCCUUACCGGAACUCCAGCAGAAUCCCCUCGUGCAGCGAGUCAUCGACAUAUUUGACACAGACGGGAACGGAGAAGUGGACUUCAAAGAGUUUAUUGAAGGCGUCUCCCAGUUCAGCGUCAAAGGUGAUAAGGAGCAGAAGUUGCGCUUUGCCUUCAGGAUCUACGACAUGGACAAAGACGGCUACAUCUCCAACGGGGAGCUCUUCCAGGUCCUCAAGAUGAUGGUGGGCAACAACCUGAAGGACACCCAGCUCCAACAGAUCGUCGACAAAACCAUCAUCAACGCAGACAAAGACGGAGACGGCAGGAUAUCCUUCGAGGAGUUCUGUGCGGUGGUGGGUGGAUUAGACAUUCACAAAAAGAUGGUGGUGGACGUGUGACAACCUCCUGCUCUCGCUGCGUUUACUGAAGUUCUGCUUGAAGACGUCGUCCAGCUUAACACUCUGUUUGUUUUCAACAGAAGUAUUUCUCUGUGAAAAAUCCCCCCCUCCCCCACCCCCUUCCCACCC